UAUGCGGGUGACGAGUCUCGACGGUGGUGCAUGAGCCCAUCACCCACGUCGAACCUGCCGAAUCACACGCCAGAGUAUAGCGCCCAGCAACAGGACUGGGAUAUCACUCCCAGAAACAACCCUGCUGGGCGUCCCAGAAUGUGAUUGCCUAGCGAUGGAAGCGAGGUGCGAUCGAAAGAGAAGGAAGAUGGAUAUAACCGUCGUCCGUCGUCCCUGACCGAGAUUUUAUUCCCUCCGGUCUUGAACCCAGAAGCAGCCAACCCAGCGCAUAUCGAUAUCGCUUUUUUUCCCAUCCCUCCUAGUACCCCAUACCUACCCUAUCAGUUGAGAACAAACAAAGCCAUCACAACAUAAUGGGUGUCGCCAAGCUGAUCGGCAAGAUCAUCAUCAUUCCCAUCCUCUUUUGCAUCUUCGUCGGAUGCGUCAUCUACUUCCUCAUCAAGUACCGCCGGGACCGCAAGCGCGAGAAACGGGAGGACGAGGCCCGCGCUCAGCAGUACCAGCAACAGCAGCAAUACGUGCAGUAUCAGACGCAGCAGGCUGUGGCGGGGCAGUAUGGGCAGUCGCCGUACUAUUAUCAGGCGAACGUCGACUCGCCGUCAAUGAAGAAGCCCGAGCCAGUCUUCUAUCCGGUGCAGGCUCAUGCCGGGACGGAGGGGGUUUGAAGAGCGAGAAUAUCGGAAAGUUGGUAUAUUGCGUUCGUUCGUUCGGGUUGUGUCGUGUUGCUUUGCGUCGAUACCUAUUGCUUCGUUUCUAGAAGGUUGAUGGACGGUUAUGACCGGGUCUAUAUAGCUGGAUAUGAGGAGGAACUCUGUCGUACUUUAUGUUGUCCUGUUUUCUGUUUUCUUUUCCAGGCGUUGUAUGAGAUAUGCAUUUGUAUACCCAUGGUGAGCGAUGAGAUGUUGACGGUUGCAGCCUGGAUGGCAUUCCUCACGGCCCCCGUCGCAAGUCUCUCCAGCUCAACGAAAUCCAUUCUUUUCAUUGCUUUCUUCACAUACAGUUCAUCUACUAGCUCCCAUUCAUGCCACUAUACUACCUCC